UGUCUAGUGCGGUAGUCUGUUAUGGCUGUACGUUUGGUAAUGUUGGCGCUUGGUCCAUAAAUUGGUUAUCUAAGUUAUCUUGAAAGUUGGAUGUGCAUUCUGCAGGUGAUUAUCUCUUACCUGUGGUUUUCCUUUCACAUCUGUCUGACUGUCAAACUAUGGUCAAAUCAAACGUUCAAAAAUUAAGCGUUCGAUUAAUUGUCGAUUAAUAGAAAAUCAUUGUGGCUUGUGACUGUUGCGAUCGAUUGCUUAGAUGUUAGAUGUAAAUGAAAACUAUAAUUUAGAAAGAAUAAGUACUAGCAGUGUAAUACAAUAAAUAUGGAAUAACGCCCUUCUCACAAAAUGGAACCAUCAUCAAGAGAAGCGUGUGAGUUGCCGACAGAAAUGGCAAAGCUAGAUAUUAUGGAGGUAGACGAGGAAAGCUCGCGGGAAAUACAAGUAUCUGCGGCACGUGUGCUGCGUAAGAGAAAAUCGCUGACUCCAGAACUAAGCAAGCCGUCUAACAGACGCGUGAGUAUGAGGCCACGCAAACACCAUAUUAUGACAGAGAAUGCAAACCCCAAGCAAAUUGAGGCCCUAUAUCUUAACAAAAAAGUGAAAACAUUGUCACAAACAUUAGAAACAAUAUACGAGGAUCCAAAACCAAAUAAUGAGACUGAAACUUUUAUUGGAGGAAGAAAGGUGAAAAGACUGCUAACAUUCCAGCUUGGAAACCAGUAUACCAAGGAUAAGAUAAAGAAGCGCAGAGCAAAAAUCAAAAAGUUAUUGGGAAGUAGAGCAUUUUUGAAUAGGAAGAAGAUACCAAUGAAAGUAUUUUUAGAGACUAUCAAUAGCUUGGAGUUAGAUGAAGUACAAACAGAAUCAAUGGUUACUAAUAAAAGUACAGAUAAGGUGUAAUUAAAAUUCAAUGUUACCUAUGGUAUCAUAACAAUCUCCCAUCAAUCUAUUCUUAAUGUGAAAGUUCGAUAAUGUAAUUCAACAAUUGUUAGUAAUGUUUAUUUGUAAAACUUAGUUAAGUAUUGAUUUUGAUUAGGCUUACAUAAUGUACCUAUGUUUGGUGGCUCCAGUUUUAGCACUAUCAAUUAAUGAAAUUGUUCUGUAAGUCCGGCCACAGCUCAUAUUUAAGUUCAGUUUUUUAACCUUUCGAGACCCGGACAAAUAUAGUGACAUUCCAUCAUUGUUUUUUUUAAGCUGGCUACCCACGGAGCCCACGGGUCUCAAAAGGUUAACUCUACUAUAAAAUUUAGCUGCUUCAUAAAUCAGGAUUAGAUUUCACGUAAUUAAAGUCUGAUUGCAUAAAAGCAGCAAUUUUCGACAUGCAUUUAGAUUUUUCAAUAGUAAAUAAAUACACCAUUUCAAUAAAUUAAAAUUUAUUUGAGAUUCCUUAAAACCGAUACUAUAUUACAUUUAUCACCAUUUACUUAUAAUGUUAAUUCUUAACAUAACAUGAGGAUGAUGUUUCUAGGCAACUUUCAUAUGUUUUCAAGAGUGUUGAUGAGUGGUCAUCCUCAGGAUUAACACAGACGCAGCGCGGCUGUUGCCCGCCUGGGUUGUAGAGCUGGCGUGGCAGACCAGCCCAAUCUCUUGAGAUGCCACCACUGUAGAUAGAAAUGUAAUAUUAGUAUUUUAAUCAGAUUGUUAAUACCAAUGCCAAACAGGGAAUAAUCAGCAAUCAAAGGUACACUGGUAGUUACCGGGGCUGAAGUCUUAAAAUAUUUUAAGCUUAAAUUGUGGCUUAUACAAAUGAAUUAUGCAAAAAUCAACCUUAUGUAUGGUAUAGGAUAGAUAUCAGAACUUGUAAUUUGAUUGCCAAGUAGAGAUCUUAACUGAAAACUGGUAACCUGAUAUUACUUGUCAUCCUUGCAUACUUACAAACUAAAACAUAGCACAAGAUUCGAAAGAAAAUGAUGUAACCUUAUCUCCUGCUCCCUUAUUUCUGUUUGCUUUCCAAAUAAAUAAAAAUAAACAUUAAUUCAAGUAAUGGAAAUACCUAGUCCUUGUACACCACACCCGAGUGCCUUCACUGGAGGUCCACUCCAUGUUGCAUGAUGGAAGCUUGGCCUCCUGCUUCUUAGCCAUCUCCUUCUCAAUUGUGCACUCAUCAAUUUUGCCAUCAAAUAGUUUUGAGUAUUCUGUUUUUCUUCCUUGUUCAUCAUAAAAUCUGCCAAUCAGUAAACCUACAAAAAAAAACUAGAAUACUUGGAAUCCAUCCUAUCCAUCCACCAUCCAUCCAUCUCCAAAAAUCAUUAAGACAAUUGACUUGGUGAAUUGCCUGUUCCCGGGCAGUACAAAGAGUAUAAUAAUAUAUGUAAGUAUAGUAGUCUAAAUUAUAAAGUUGUAUAGAAAAAGCUAAUACUGUGGAAUCUAGCUUUGAGUCAGUAUCAGAGAAAUCACAUGGGGUGAUUUAAUACAAGUUACAUGUCAUAUCUUACAAAUAAUAUAAAAAAUAAGUUGCCAUUGCUACACAUCUGCAAUACAAGAUGGGUUACAAUCAAGAAAUAGGCUUUACUAAGUAUUAUUACUAAGAUAAAAAAUAAUGAUUGCUCACCUACAGAUGAAUAUUUUUCUUUUAAGGUAUUUUCCCAGUUGAGCAAGUUAAACAACUCAUUACAGGACAGAGUCAGCACAUUGUCCUUGUCUUCACUCUCAUCUUGAAAGUCUCCUGUUAUAAAAGCACGAGAGCCAUCCUUUCCUAAAACAAUACAAAGCUUCAGACAGAAUACUCAGAUAUUAUUGGAUGUACCAAAGCUAACAUGUCCUUAAUUUGGAUGAGUUAAAUAGCAACUAGGAACAAUCUUUUAUUUAAAUUGAGCACAUAUCAUAUUUGGUAAGUGCAACAAGCUCAGUUCUCCAUACAAACAUAGUUACACUCUCAUUUUAAAACAAGUAUAAACUAAUACAGGACUAGAUAUACUUCAUGUCAUUAUACAGUCAAGUGUAAAAAUAUGGGUGUACACAUCUUACUCAAAAAUGUGUCCCAUAGCAUCUUAUUCCAGUGUAAUAAGAGCGUAGUACCAUAUUUAUGAGACAAUUCUUUCGAUACAUAUUUUUGCAUUUGACUGUAUGUGCAAAGUUUCAUUACAAUCCAACACAUGAACUGAUGAGAACGAAACUCCGUUUGUAUGGGAAGGUGAAAUUCGACCGAACUUGCCGGGGACUCUUAAAUUCACCUGAAGUAGUUAGUAGAUUAGCAACCUUUUGUAGCAUAGCUUUUGGAUACCAUCAGUCACUGUGCAAACUUGUAUAGCAGAAUAUUAUAAUAUAGAAACUGGUCCAAAAUAAUGUAACGAUUUAUAAAGGUUGUUUAAAGUAAAUACGAGUAAUCUUACCCACAAAGUAAUGAUAUGGUGCAUCACUACUGUAAUGCCUUUUACCCUCAGUCACAUCGUAAACGACGCCCAUUAAAGCCAAAUACAGUUUAUCUUUUUUUACACCAUUAUAUUGUAAUAACUGCGCAGGCGAGAAUAUGCCUUCAAUAUUAUUUUCAUAUUGUAAAAGUAAACUUUUAAAACUUUCAAACAAUUCCUCCAAAUGAGUUCUAAAGAUAAAACUUCCCGUAAGCACAAUUAACGUAAAUAAAACGGUUUUUUUACCCAA